AUGGUAUCACUGGUUGAACAUUCGUUAUCGUCAGUAUAUGAUUUUGGAAAUGUCGUUGUCAUAUCACUGACUAUGAUUCUCUACAGAUUACAAACUAUAUCCAAUCAAAACGAUCGGGUCAAUUCAAUGCAGUCUCAAUUUGGUAAUGUGGAAAGAAAAAUAGGUUCGUUAGUUUCUCGAAAACCGUACCAGGACAUAAACCAGUUUGAGGGUACUAAACCUCUGAAACAAUCAAUUGCUGAUGUGUUGAAGAGUAUGAAAAUUCCUACACAAAAAUUAACUGACUACAUGGAACCGACCAUCAUUCCGCAAAUAAAUCAAUCCAUAUCUAAAACUGCGGAGAGUACUCUGAAAGUACCUAUCCCCAAAGAACAAUUUCGAUUCAAUGCAGCUGAUUACCAGAGAGGAGCAUCUGUUGAUAUGGAUCAUUCUUCCAGUUCAAAUUUGAAUCCAAUAAUUGGACAUGAUCAAACUAACCUUGUUUUACUUGAUCGUCCUCAACCACCAUCAGAUAACGCAUGGUGCACAAAUGAUGAAAAUCCAGUACUCACUGUUAAUUUGGCCAAGUAUAUAAAACCAAUUUCUGUAUCAUAUCAACAUUCAAAAUGGAAUGAAACAAUUCCGAAUGGGGCUCCAAAAACAUAUGAUGUUGUGGCUUGUCUUGAUUUCUACUGCGAAAAGUGGAAACCAUUAGUAUCAAACUGUAUAUACAGCCAAUAUGUAUCAAGUGAACCAGAACAGAUGUGUAAUAUUUCUUCCCAUCUGGAUGUUCCUUCAAUUGGAAAAGUCCAAUUCCGAUUCCGUGAAAAUUAUGGAGACGCUCAAAUGACUUGUGUUCACUUGGUUCGUGUUUAUGGAGAGACUGAAACACCUGUCAAAAUUAAAGAGAAGAAGGUGGAAAGUGAAGAAAUUUGUGCUGAUUUGAGAUGGUAUUAUCAUAACAGCUACUUCAGAUAUACAUGGACGGAUAAAAACUGUACAGCACACUUGUAA